AUGCUGGGUCGAUCUGCCCUCCGGGGCCUGUUGUUCAGUGCUGAGCGAUCCGCUGCCACGAAACCGCUCUUCUCGUCAUACACAUCUCGAGCAUGCCUCCACCAAACAUCAUCAACCGGCAGCAGCAGCAGCGGUGCUCAAAAAUUCCAUGCCACGCCCUCUGACAUCCCGCCUCCUCCUGCUACUGCUGCUGCUGCUGCUACACCCUCAUCUGCAUUUGCGGCAGCUGCAGAAGCCCCAAUUCCUCCGUCAGAGCAAGACCAGACGACAAUCGCAGGGUCAGGAUCCGAAACGCAAAGCCCGACGGCGGAGGCAGAAUUGCUCAUCGACGGCAUUCCGCGCAGCAAAUUCCCCGUGCCACCCAUCUUCACCUCCAAACUCCAAAUCACAAAAUCCCUCGCCGAGAAACUGCCAUACCUGCAUAGCCAGCGACCGCACUACAUAUCCGCGCAUUUGCAUGACCGCCCUUACCUCCUGACCGAGGGCGACCAUCUCCGUCUUCCGUUCCUGAUGCCCAAGGUCAAGUCUGGGGAUGUGUUGCGGUUCAAUCGGGCGUCGAUUAUUGGAUCGCGCGAGUUCACACUCAAGGGGACUCCUUAUAUCGACGAACGCAUGUUUGAGUGCCGUAUGCGAGUGUUGGGUAUUGAGUCUGAGCCGCUGCGUGUAAAGGAGAAGACCAAGAGGAGACAACGACACACCCGCCAUGUGAAAAGCAAGCACAGGUAUACCGUCAUGCGAGUCAUGGAUGUCAAGGUCAAGUCGUUGGACCAACUGUUGGAAGAAGGUGCAGAGGUUAUAGAGGACGACAGUAUCGCUGCUGCCGUGGACAAGGAUGCUAUUGAGACCAAGUCUUGA